CACUCCUUCACUCAAGACGUCCACGACUGCACACGCACACACUUUUCUGCUUGACAGACGCCCUCCUCUCCCGUCACAAUGUCCCUCGCCAUCUGCUCCAGCUGCUUGCUGUUCCUCUUCUUGGUGUCCCUCUCUGCUGGCGAGCCGAGGCGCACCGUUUCCGGUCAGCGCAGGGCGGCGCGCGCACCUGCCGCCAAGGUGCGUCUGGCGGGAAACUUUGCGCGGGAGCCUCAUGAGGGUCGCGUGGAGGUGCUGCACAACAACACGUGGGGCACCGUGUGCGACGACGAAGUGGACAUUAACCUGGCCAACGUGGUGUGUCGAGAGCUGGGCUUCCAGGGUGGCGUCACGUGGGCGCACAGCGCCAAUUAUGGAGAAGGACAGGGGCCCAUAUGGAUGGACAAUGUUGGAUGCAACGGUUCUGAGAAGUCCCUGAAGGACUGCAAGCACAACGGCUGGGGGGUGAACGACUGUAAACACUCUGAAGACAUGGGGGUGGUGUGCACCGCGGAGCACAGGCGGGAGCAGAGGACCAGCACCCGAGACCACAGCAACGCCAUCAGCUCCAAUGGGAAUCCCUCGCCCCAGUGGCAAGGCCUCGUGGCCACCCGCAGGCACUCUGGAUACGGCUAUUAUGCGAAUGGACAUCCAUACGAAGUCCCCAGGAUCCAGAGGCAGCAACUUUACCAGGGUCACAGUAAAGUCCGAAUCGAGGAGGUGCGCCUGAGGCCCAUCCUCAUGUCGACCAAGAAGAAGAGCUUGGUGACCGAAGGCGUGAUAGAAGUGAAGCACGCGGGCAGAUGGAGGCAGGUCUGCGAUAUGGGCUGGAGUUUGAACAGCAGCAGAGUGGUGUGCGGGAUGCUCGGCUUUCCUGACGCCGCGCAGCCCGUCCUCAAAAUGUACAAGAAAAUAUGGGACACCAAGGUGGCAGAUCCUUCAACAAGGCUGAGCCUCAUGGCCAAGAAGAAGGGCUUCUGGGUCGAGAAGGUCAACUGUCUGGGCACUGAGAACACAUUGUCCGAGUGCCACGGUCAGCUGUCAAUCCCCCGUAGCCCCGCCCCCUGUAAGAACGGGCGGCACGCUGUGGUCAAAUGUGUUCCAGGCCCUCAGUUUUCCAGGAUUUCCUCGGGAAGACCUCAAGCCCCGUACCCAGUCGUGCCGGUGCGUCUGAAGGCCGGGCCCAGGCUUGGCGAGGGUCGCGUGGAGGUACUCCGAGACGGAAAAUGGGGGACGAUCGUGGACCACAUGUGGGAGAGGACCGCGGCCAGCGUGGUGUGCAGAGAGCUGGGCUUCGGUACAGCCAAGGAUGCGCUGCAAGGCGCCUAUAUGGGUCAAGGUACUGGACCCAUCCACAUGAACAGUGUGCAGUGUAUGGGGACGGAGCGCUCCAUUCUCGACUGCUUCUUCCAGGAGGUUCAACCGUGGACGUUCAAACACAGCCAAGAUGCUUCAGUGCGCUGUAACAUCCCUAAAACCGGCACCGAGUACACAGUGCGUCUAGCUGGUGGCAGGGUUCCCUCAGAGGGCCGAGUAGAGGUGCUGAUGGAAGUGGGCAGCCGAAAGCGUUGGGGUUCGGUCUGCAGUGAGAACUGGGGUAUCAACGAGGCCAUGGUGGUGUGCAGACAGCUGGGUCUGGGAUUUGCUGCGAGUGCACAUCAGGACACCUGGUACUGGUCCAGCGACCCAAAUGCAGCCGAGUUGAUCCUCAGCGGAACUCACUGCGUCGGCACCGAGUUCUCAAUUCAGCAGUGUCGCCGUAACAACCACAUGCACUGUCCACGAGGGGGGGGACCUAAGGCGGCCGGGGUCACCUGCUCAGAGACGGCUCCCGACCUCGUUCUGGAUGCCCAGUUAGUCCAGGAUACGGCCUACCUGGAAGACCGGCCGCUCCACUUGCUGAGCUGUGCCAAUGAGGAGAACUGUCUGUCCUCCUCCGCCGCCCGGAUGAACUGGCCCUACGGCCACAGACGCCUGCUGCGCUUCUCUUCGCGCAUCAUGAACCUGGGACGCUCCGAUUUUCGACCCAAAGCGACGAGGGAGAGCUGGACGUGGCACCAGUGUCACAGGCAUUACCACAGCAUUGAGGUGUUCACACAUUAUGACCUUCUGACACUCAAUGGCACCAGGGUUGCAGAGGGACAUAAGGCCAGUUUCUGUCUGGAGGACACCUUUUGCCCCGACGGUGCUCAAAAGCGCUUUUCCUGUUACAACAUGGGCGAUCAGGGUAUCUCUGUGGGUUGCUGGGAUACAUACCGGCACGAUAUUGACUGUCAGUGGGUUGAUGUGACGGACGUGCGGCCUGGAGAUUACAUCUUUCAGGUGGAAGUCAAUCCCUCAAUGGACAUGGCCGAGUCGGACUUCAUGAACAACGUCAUGCGGUGUCGCUGCAAGUACGACGGCCACAGAGCUUUUAUGUACGGAUGUCACGCAGGAGACGCAUACAGUGCAGAGACCGAAGACCUAUUCGAGCACCAGAGGCAAAUAACAAACAACUUUGUGUAGAGCAUCCUGACACAAAAGCCUUCUGGGCGCUCCUCGAAGUGGGCAGAGGCUGGUGGCUCCAAGGCCCUCGGGAAGCUUAGCACCCACAACAACAAAGAACAGCAAUCUGUUUGGCAGCGGAUCAAAUGUCACACAAAUGAGACUCAACUAGACCGGCCAACGACAACAGCGGCACACGCAGCUUUUGGCUAGCAUUACUCUAGUUAAGUAUGUUAAUACCACAUACUCAUUUAUUUAAAAAAAAAAGGUCAAUGUGGACUACUACGAUGUUUCAAAACAUAAAAACACAUGGAAUAUUAUUGAAUCUGUCGUUAAGACAGUGGAGGAGUACUUGGUAAAGCUUGUACCCAAUCUGAUAUUUAUAUAAAAUUGUUUUUAAAAAUCAAUCAGGAGGCAUUGUAGAAACACUUAUUGGAUCAGCUGUUCUUAUGAAAAAUGCUUUGGAAUUUUAGGUCAAUAUCACAAACAAUGCUGGACUGUCCAACUUAUUUUUUUAUUUUAUUUUUUUUACAGUGAAUUAGGUCAUUUCUGAUUUAUUUCCUUGGCUAUUACAAAAACAAUUGUUAUCAUCUCAACCAUGUGACAAGAUUUAGUAAUAGGUUUAUGUAACAAAGCACUUUAUCUUUUUUACAACGGUAUUCUUGGAAUCUUCAAUUAGCUAUCGACCUAUUCAGAAUAUACAGUAUAUGCUUUAUAGUUUUUUAUUUUUAUUUUAAACAUUUAUUACAGUGAAAUAUAAGGUUGGUGUUUUCAUAUGCACAUGUACUAUUUAUACUGAUAUUUAAUUUAUUCAUAGGGUUCACACAACAUAUUCAAUAAGAGGUUUGUUGUCUAGAGUUUUUCUUUUCCCAUUUUUCCUUUCCAUCAUAGCUUGGGGACAUUUUACAAGAUACAGAUGAAUUAUUCUAUUUUCAAUGUGGUUAUUAAAAUGCAACUGUAAGGAUUUUCUCUCCCAGAUUUUUGGAUGGGAGGGAACACCAGUGUGACAACCACAUGUUGGUGGCAGGCAUGCCAGCAGGCUUUGAGAGUUAUAUAAAUAUAUGUUAAAAAAAAAAAAAAAAAAAAAAGCCUUUUAAUUAUGUCUGUUUGGGUUAGUUUUAAGGUUAGGGUUAAGACUAUAUAGUGUGUACUUUUAUGCACACUGGAACCGCUGCCUAUAGAAUUAUAGAAAGACUGCUUUUUUGUAAAUGUCUCAUGCGAGACAACCAGCUGAAAGAUUUGAUUUAGAGGGAGAUGAUUAAGUUUUUAGAAAUAUACAGGCAGAUAUACAUUUUUUAUUACCAGAGUAGCCUUUUCGAAGGCAGGCCACAAACUGACACUGAUACUCACCGAUAAGAGAAUAACAUGCUUUCCUGAGAGACAAACAUCGACAUGGUCCACAGGUUUCUUAUUUUUGUGAACAUCUGCCGAGCUAAACCAUCACUAAACUCACUUUCCGUUUUUGCUGAUCUUUUAUUAGGGAUACACUGAAAAAAAAAAGUUUUAAUUUUACAAUUGUUUUUAAAAAUCCUAGUAAUAUGAGAAAAGACAAUUUUGUGAGGAAAGUUAUUUUUUCAAGAAAAAAAAGUAAAUUGUAAGAAAAUAAAAUUAAUUUCUUGGGAUAAAGGUGAAAUUUUACAAAAGAUACUACAAUGAGAAUCGAAUCGUAAUAUUAGUCAAGUUUUUAUAAAACCGUUAUUUUACAAGGAGAAAGUCCUAAUAUUUGAAGAAAAAAAGAAUAAUUUUACAAGAGUAGUCAUGCCAUUUAAAAUAAUCUAAUCUGUUUCUGUUAAUCUGUUUUACAAAACAAGUCAUAGUUUUUAGAAAAUUCAGUCGUAAAACUAUGAGGGGAAAAAUUUGAUUGAUUUUCCAAGACUAUAGUAACAAUAUUAUGAGAGCAUUUUUCUCGACUAAAGACGCAAUUUUGCGAGGAAAAAAAGAUAAAAAUUGCAACAUUGUGAGAAAAAGUCAAAAUUCUACAAGAAAAGAAAAAUCAUUACAAAAUUAAGUUUAAAUUUUUUUUUUUAAUAUAAAAAGGUGUAAUAUGAGGACGACUGGUGAGAGCAUCUGCCUCACAGUUCUGAGGACCGGGGUUCAAAUCCCGCCCCUCCUGUGUGGAGUUUGCAUAUUCUCCCCGUGCCUGCGUGGGUUUUCUCCGGGCACUCCGCUUUCCUCCCACAUCCCAAAAACAUGUAUGUUAACUGCAGACUCUAAAUUGCCCGUAGGCAUGAAUGCGAGUGAGAAUGGUUAUUUGUUUAUAUGUGCCCUGUGAUUGGCUGGCAACCGGUUCAGGGUGUACCCCACCUCCUGCCCGAUGAUAGCUGGGAUAGGCUCCAACCCUCCCGCGACCCUUGUGAGGAUAAGCGGCUCAGAAAAUGAAUGAAUAAAUGGAUGGUGUAAUAUGAGAAAAGUCAUAAUUUUACAGAAAAAAAUAUAUUUUAAAAGAAAAAAGACAUUAUUAUGAAAAUAAAAUUGGUUGCUGCUUUCAGAUUGUCAUGUUUAGGUUCAUGACAUGACAUUCACACAUUAAAACUACUGACUUUUUUUCUUGAAAAUACACAACUCAUUUCUUGUAAUGCUUCAAUAUUUUUGUUCGUUUCAGCGUGGCCCUAAUACUAGUUUUUACUCUUAAGCCUUAACAGUCAUUCAACUGCAUUUUAUUUGCAUAACAGAAUGUUUUUGUUGUGUUUAGCUUAUUGCAUAUUAACCGUGGAACUUGUUCUAAGCAAUAUUUUCACGAGGAAAUUGUAUGAAAUAAAAACCCAUUGUCAAACUACAAAUACAACAAAGAUAUAAACAGAACACGUAUUCUCAUUCCAAUACUUUUCAUACAAAAUCCUACUAAUUUAUUACAAAAGCUGGCUUUAUUAGGACUCAUACUAUAAACCGAACUAAUUUACUUUUGAUCAAUUGACUUUUUUGUUAGUUUUCUAAAAUAGCCUUUAAUUUGCUUGCAUUUCAAAAUCAACAGCAUUACACCAAAUACAAAAAAAUAGCAGACUUGAAAGGAGUGUUUGCUUUCGCUUUGCGGUUAUGUACAAUUGCCAUGUUUAUAGUCUAUGUGUUAUUUAAAAUUGUAUGCAGUUCCGUAGAGACCGUGGGUUAAUGUUCUCCAUAUUACUCUUAUGUGCCCCUCCUAUAAGUGUAGCAUGCCUAUGGCCAGUGAGAGUGUGAGCCACACGGUGCUUCUUUAUAAUCUUAUUCAUCGAAAGCUGAGCUCUCAGGGACUUAGACCUCAUUUAACAUGUGUCCAUGUGGUUGGUUGCUUUUUGCUGUGAUGCACACACACACAAUUCUCCCCAUCUGUACCCUGCCUUUUAUUUCUCUGGUACAAAUGUAUGGAAGUGAUCAUUGCCUUUGUGCUCGAAAAAAAUGGGGGAUUAAUGUGGAUAAACACUGGCUGAGUCAUUUCAAAUCACCAUUCAUCCAAAUCAUGACUG